GGGACACCUGCAAGUCCGAGGCGAAGCGCGUGCGUGCCUCAGUUACUGUACAGUGUAUAGGCUGCACAUAUUGUUGCCAUUUUUCCAGGAAAACAAAUACCCGCUUCUCUGAGAAGCGUUUAACGAGCGCAGACCACGCGGGCAGAUGGAGGACAGUGAGACACUUUCCGCCGGUUAAUGCGCCGCUGCUGCGGGGGUUAUUAACGGUCAGCCACGCCCACCCGCGUGCCAAUCAAAGCUUCCCUCUGAGCGUCAGGUUGCGGGACUGAGUGCGCGCGUGGACGGUGCGUGAUUCCCCUUCAAACCGUGAUGAAGUUGAAGAGAAAGCGGAGACGAUCAAUGGAUUAACAGGAUUAACAGGAGCUCGAUUAAAUGGGCAAAACAAAUAAAUUAAGGAGAAAACUACACAAAAAAGAAGAAGACCACAAAAAAAAGAAAGUUCUCGACAUUUAUCUGCUGAAAAAAUUGGACUUGCCUUGAUAUGCAUUGGAUAUUUCACUUCAUAAUUCAUGCACUACGAUAUCACCUGGAUAUUUUUUUGCUUCUUUGGACAUGUGCAAUUUGUAAAUCCUAAUAUUUUUUUGUGAGUAACUUGCAUCCUCGACAGGAUAAUGCAGCAGUGUUUACCUCAUGCAACAUCUCCACACGCAUACAUAGGUUAAAAAUCUCUUCUUUUCCAUGAGCAUGGGAAAGUGACAGCUCUCUAAAUAAAUAUGACAACUCAGAAGCAUGGAGAUGGAGACUGCUUCACACUAAAGGCACAAAAAAACCCACCAACAAAACCUCAGUCAAGUCAAACAGGAUGUUGUUUGGGAAGCUGAACUGAUUAAUAAGCCUGCCAUCUGAUCAACUGGAAGGGAAAAUGUGGAUCUGCCUAAUGUUAAAGGUUUUGUCUGUCUUGUCUUUUGUGAUUGUGAAGGUGUCAGCUGAUCUCACCUGCAAUGCUGUGCUAAUGUUGGCUUCUGGAAACCAAACAUUGUACCAUCUGGAUGCUGCUAAUCACUCUGACACUAAUAACUCGGGUGUAUUUUGCAGAACAGCUAUCGAUGGCAUCGGCACCUGCUGGCCGCGCAGCGUGGCUGGGGAAAUGGUGUCACGUUCGUGUCCAGAGUUCCUCUAUGGAGUCCGAUACAACACCACUAGUCUGCAUCCAAUACAGAAAAUGAAUGGUCCUGUUACCCUGAACAUCCACACUACGAUGGCAUAACACUACGAUUGUCAUAUAUGAUGUCAUAUAUACUGUGUGCUACAGAGUAUUUAUUAGGCCUGUAGUGUGCAAUAAGUACUAUUCAUUAUGUUCUAUUGUAUUGUUCACUGAAUAAACCUCAUACUUCAACUCCUUACACACAAAAUAUGGUAUUUAUUGGUUAAAAUAAUACUUGACAUAAUAUAUAUUUUUUUCCAAAACCACCAUCCUUCAUAUAAAGGAAAACUAAAACAAGCACACAUGUUAUUUACAUGAUGUAAAAUGUAAAUUUAACUAGAAAAAAUGCCUUCUUAUCUUUGCUGAUGAUUAAUAAUAGGAUUUACAUAAUUGUAAGUACUAAAAGGUAAUCAUUAACUUUAUUUUUCAAGAUGUACGAAAUAAAUUCAAAUAUAGAAAAUGUAGACAUUUACUCAGUGAUCAAUUAAAUAAAACAAUCCUGUUAAAACUAAAUUAUAUCUAUAAGAUGUCACUUUCUCGUAGAUUUGAUGAGGUUAGACAACUAUAAUAGACAAGAACAGUGAAAUGACAUAUGAUAAUUAAAGUAUCGUGCAGAAAAACAGUCAUGCCACUUUGAUCGCAAGACAAAUCUAGCUGAGAACAUCAGGGGAAUUGCAUUUUAACUUUAGAUAGCUGCAGAUUACAUUACCAGCAUUACCGGCAUUAAUUCUGAUAGUUUCCAUUGAAUUGCAGUAGUACUGUCAUAUGAUUACUGUGACAAAUUAAGCCACUUUCAGCUAAAAUACCUGCCAAGUUGCCAAUUUAGCCAACAUUGAAAAUGGAUACCAAACUGUCAUUACUGUAAUUACUGUUCACAUAACUGUGAAUAAGAAUAUAGUUGGACAAGAGCAUGAAGUGCUGGUUUAAUUUGAUGGUAGUAGGGUGCCAGAUGAGGUUAAAUGUAAUUGUUGUGCUUCUCUGUAAAGAAGGAAUGAAUUUGUGGUUGGAUCAGAGAACUAUGGAUUGGAUUGUUUAAUAUUAACACAGUACAGUUAUUUUUAUUCACAAAUUGAAAAUGUACCUCAUUUUUUGCUUGUCGGUUUUUCAUGUUUGCUCGCGUUUAUCAUUGUUAGACAAGGAUUCUUUCUGCACAGUUCUUUAAUAGUAAUUUUAAGCAUAGUUCUAUUUCUUAUUCCACUCAGAUAUUAUCAUACAGCCAUUUUUUUCCCUCAAUUUUAAAAAGUAUAAUUGUAUUGGACAUUAUGCCCAAUGUCCCCAAUGUCCAUCAGAUGGUAGGAUUUUGAUGGUACUUUGUUUUUUCCAGGACACAGUUGUGGCCAUUGUAGCCACAGAUGUUAAGGAGAUUUCUGUGCCUGCUCUGUGCUAAACGAUGCAGAAUGGUUAGUCAGUGUACAGCUGGAGGGAUAAAUAAGCAGGAUAUUGAGCAGAUCAUUCUAUGAAUACAAAUGAAAUCCAAAGAAAGCUGAACGUAUAAGAUAUUUUAUGAACAUUGAGAUCGAGAUCAUGAUUGCUUUUCAACAGACAUUGAGAAAUAUUAAUAUUGAACCAUGACCCAUGACCAUAAACAUUGCAAUAGCUUAUUUAAAAUGCAUAAACUUGGACAUUAUGUCCAUAUAUCCAAAUUUAUAUAAGGUUUAUUAUUGCAAAAUUAUUUUCCCACCUCCCAUGUGUGAUCUAUACAAAGUUGCAUCAGUAAUAUACAUUGGUAGUUAGAGUACCACCAGCCAUGUGAUAAGGCCAGUUAAUUUGAGUUUUUGCUAAAACAUUUUAAUACAUAUUUAUUCCUAUUAAUAAUAAAUUAUGUCAAUGAGGUAUAAAUAAUUAAAAGUAGUCUAUAUGGCAGUAUUCCUAUUCAUUUAGGUAUUUCAUACAUAAUGCUUAGCAGUGGAUAAAACAUUUAGAUCAUGGAUAAAUAUUGUCAUUUUUUAUCUGUGGCUAUGUAUAUGGAUUUAUUUCUAUGUUCUAUAUGUGUCUACAUGAUUGCUCAUUUCUGAUGGCUUAUAAACAAUAUUUGCAAUUCAUUGUUUUUAAAGUAGUUAAAAGAUUGUUACAAAAAUAAAGAAAGAUUUGUGUAAUUUUGUAUACCAUAUUCAUACAUAAUAUCUGUAGUACACCGCUUUUUAUUAUUUAUCUGUCUACGGGAUUUUUUUAAACAUAAUUAUCUUGGUUUUACUCACUUUGCUCGAUACUCAUCACUACAGUCAUUAUUAGCAUAAUACACUCUGAAUUGACAAAAAAAACAUUAUUUCUCGUUACCCAUGUUUUCCUUCCUUUUCUCGAGGCUUCCAUUUGCCUGCAAUUCCUCUGAAUGGAUAUGAUAGAUGUUGAUCUUGUUUUUGAUUAAGAUGCUGCUCGGUUAAUACAGUGUCUAACACUGACUAAAAUAAAAACUAAGUGAGAGUACAGUGACAUGCUAAAAAAAAAAAAAAAAAGGUACAAUUAGCAUUAUGCACUAUGUCACCUUUGCAAGUAAAAUUGUCAUGACGUUGGUUAUAAUUGGGCAGCGGAGUGGCUCUGUAUGAGUGCCCCAUCACACCAUGCACACAUAUAUUGCAUAAUUUAGGAAGGAAAGGUACAACACAGCCAGGUAGCAAUCCCCUUUAACACCCCAUUAGCUAUCACUGAUCCAGCGCACGCAUAGAGCAGCCUGAUCCAUGGCACACUAAUUAUUUUUACAUCAGUCACAG